AUCGAAGAGAGAGAGAGGGAGAGAGAGAGAGAGGGGAGCCCUAAAACCGCCCUCCAAAACCUUUCAAAAAUCCUGGAAUUCCCUUUCUCUCAGUUGGAAACUGUUUCCAGUCCAUCUCCUCUACUCGGAAACUGACGACGAAGUCGAGAGAAGAGGCUUUGGUGUUUCCGGAGAUCUUCUGGGGCCUCCGCGAUGGCGUCAACGGGUGCAGCUCCAUCGCUGAAGCGAAAGGACUCUUUUUCCGCGGCCUCCAGGGAAGGCGACCAACUCAUCAUCACGCCGCUCGGUGCCGGAAACGAAGUGGGUCGUUCUUGCGUCUACAUGUCCUACAAGAACAAGACCAUCCUUUUUGAUUGUGGGAUUCAUCCGGCAUACUCGGGAAUGGCGGCGCUCCCUUACUUCGAUGAGAUCGAUCCCUCGACCAUCGACGUACUCCUCGUUACCCACUUUCACCUGGAUCAUGCUGCUUCUCUUCCCUAUUUUCUAGAGAAGACUACUUUCAAAGGAAAGGUUUUUAUGACCCAUGCAACAAAAGCCAUUUACAGGCUUCUGUUAUCAGACUAUGUGAAAGUAAGCAAGGUUUCUGUUGAAGACAUGUUAUAUGAUGAGGGUGAUAUUGUUCGCUCCAUGGACAAAAUAGAGGUGAUAGACUUUCACCAGACAGUAGAGGUGAAUGGCAUCCGGUUUUGGUGCUACACAGCUGGCCACGUUCUUGGUGCUGCCAUGUUUAUGGUUGACAUUGCUGGACUCCGUGUGCUUUAUACUGGUGACUACUCCAGGGAGGAAGAUCGCCAUCUCCGUGCUGCAGAAACCCCACAAUUCUCUCCUGAUAUAUGCAUCAUUGAAUCCACAUAUGGUGUUCAGCUGCACCAACCUCGAACUGUUCGUGAGAAGCGUUUCACAGAUGUUGUUCAUAGCACUGUUGCUUCUGGUGGUCGUGUCCUCAUCCCGGCUUUUGCUCUUGGUCGUGCACAAGAGCUUCUUCUCAUCCUUGAUGAAUACUGGUCUGCGCACCCCGAGCUGCACAACAUCCCAAUAUAUUAUGCUUCACCUUUGGCCAAGCGUUGCAUGGCUGUUUACCAGACAUACAUAAAUGCUAUGAAUGAGAGGAUCCGCUCACAGUUUGAAGGUUCCAACCCUUUUGACUUUAAGCAUAUAUCACCACUAAAAAGCAUUGAAAACUUUGAAGAUGUGGGACCAUCUGUAGUGAUGGCCAGUCCAAGUGGAUUACAGAGUGGCCUCUCAAGGCAACUAUUCGAUAUAUGGUGUCAAGACAAGAAGAAUGCAUGCAUAAUACCUGGUUAUGUGGUGGAGGGGACUCUGGCUAAAACUAUAAUUAAUGAACCCAAGGAUGUAACACUCAUGAACGGCCUGACUGUACCGCUGAAUAUGCAGGUUCAUUAUAUUUCUUUCUCAGCUCAUGCUGAUUUUGCUCAGACCAGUGCAUUCUUGAAGGAAUUGAUGCCACCAAACAUAAUUCUUGUCCAUGGAGAAGCCAAUGAGAUGGGAAGGCUGAAGCAGAAACUUAUAACACAGUUCUCCAAUCAAAACGUUAAAAUUAUGUCACCAAAAAAUUGUCAGACAGUUGAGAUGUACUUUAAUUCUGAAAAGACGGCUAAAGCCAUUGGUCGCUUGGCUGAAAAAACUCCUGAGGUGGGUGAAAUUGUCAGUGGUUUGCUUGUCAAAAAAGGAUUCACUUACCAGAUAAUGGCACCAGAAGAUCUUCCUGUCUUCAGCCAACUUUCGACAGGAAACAUCACCCAGAGGAUCUCUAUUCCUUAUUCUGGUGCUUUCAGUGUCAUAAAACAUCGGCUACUUCAGAUCUAUGAGAGUGUGGAGCCGCCUGAUGAUGCAGAGGAUCAGGUGCCAACCCUGAUUGUGCAUAAAAGGGUAACAGUGAAGCAGGAAGCAUCAACAUAUGUUACUUUGUUGUGGUCGUCUGAUCCAAUGAGCGACAUGGUUUCUGACUCGGUUGUUGCAGUGAUCAUGAAUAUUAACCGUGAUCCAUCGAAAGCAAUAGCAAGUGAGGCCAGGAUGAAGGAAGAAACUGAGAGAACAGCAGAGAAAGUGGUAUCUGCAUUGUUAGUUUCUCUCUUUGGCAAUGUCAAGGCAGGGGAGGAAGGAAAGAUGGUUGUCACGGUUGAUGGUAAUGUUGCACAUGUAGACAGUAAGAGUGGUGACGUUGAAUGUGAGAAUGAAGGACUGAAAGAGAGGGUGCGAACCGCUCUUCGUCGAAUUCAGAGUGCAAUUAAGCCUAUCCCUCUUUGAAGAGUUGUGUUCAAGUUGGUAACGUUAACAGGCAGGAUGUAAGAGACUGUAAUUGUAUUUAAUUUAAUGUUAAGAAAUCAUUAAUUCUCUGCUGCUCAAAA